AUCAACUUCAUUAUACCAUGGCUGCCGACACUAUUUCAAACGGCCAUACUGACCCUAUACCGGUCAAUAGUAUCCCAAAUGUACUUUCAGAAAAGCCAGGUGCACCGGCACCUGCAGAGAGUGCCCACAAUCUCAAGGUAGAAUCGCACUCGUUCGAAAAUAUCGUCAAUUUUCGAGACGUGGGAGCCAGCACUAGUGUGAAGACUGAUCAGGGUGUUCGACAAUAUAUCAAGCACGGCAUUCUGUUCAGAUCAGGGAGACUGGACGACGCAUCAACGAGCGACCUUGAAACUCUUACCGCUACCUAUAAUAUCAGAACCAUCGUCGAUCUUCGAUCAGAGACAGAGGGUAAAAUUGGCAGUAUGUUGGCAAACACCUUUCCAGCCGGAGCUAUAGCGGCUGUCAAGCCUACUGAUAUGAUGUCACAAGUUUUACCACCACACGUUGAAGAUAGAUUGAGCAAACUCAACGCAAAACACGUAUCGGUUGCUAGUGAAACGGUAGUUACAGGACAGCGGAAAUCGCCCACCGACACUCGCCUUGCUCGCAAGAGAUCAACGGUAGUGGCCAUGGACGAUUUGAAAAAGGAGCUAUCAAAAUCAAAGCAGGGUGGUUUAACCACACGUACCACCUAUUUUGUGAACUUUGCUGGUUCAAAAUACAGAUAUUACUGUGUUAUAAAGCCAUGCCCAUUUGCACUAAAAUUAAAACUGAUAGGCUGGAUGAUGAUCGGUCGUAAAGAUCGUGCCAUUCGAGCGGUAGGAUCCCAAGUUUUACAACCAAAGGGACUUCAAGGCCUCAACUAUGAUUUUCUGGACUACUGCGGGGAGCAAAUCAUCCAAGUGAUUCGAAUCAUGAUAGCUAGUGCAACAUACCCCAUCCUCAUUCAUUGCACUCAAGGGAAAGAUAGAACCGGAUUGGUCAUAGCCAUUGUUCUCUCAUUAUGCGAUGUGCCACGCCCAUUGAUUAUACAGGAUUAUGUCAAGACACAAAAAGGUUUGGAGGCCCAAAGAGAAGUCAUGGUGCAAGAGAUGGCGAAGACUGGUCUGGAUGCGACGUUUAGCGAUGCGCCAGAACAAGUCAUCGUUGACACCCUCAAGUACUUGGAUAACAAGUAUGGUGGAGCGGAGGGGUACGUCAAGAAGUAUGAGCUCCAAGACGACGAAAUUCGAGCUUUACGAGCGAUCUUUGUUGCCGAAGGCUUGUCGAGACAGAGCAAUGUUGUCAACGCAAACACAGUCGUCGCCUUAAAGCAGAAGGGCUAUGAUGAUCUAGUUGCAUGAGGUGAUGGGAAUAUAGACGUCAUAUACUGUAGAUAGUCUAUGGAAAUUAGUACUAUUUCAUUAAAUGACCCACCCCCCAUUGUAAUUUAUUCGAAAUCGUUUAGUAAUGUUACCAAAUAUUUUCAUAGAAUGCUUUACAACCG